CAGCGGGCCCGACCAGGCUACGGACUUUCAGUCGGCGGCGCUCUCAGUCUGCUUUGGGAGGCUCUGCCUUGAGCGUUGAGCACGGUGGUAUACCGGCGAUACAUAUAUACACGCAAAACCCGCAAAAGAGAUCCCGGUAAGAUUUUCUUCCCCUCUCCGUAAGGCGGGUAAACUUCGGGCCGAGUUUUCACGAAAGUGCCAAAAAGUUCAAGUUUGUUUACAAAACCGCGUCGUACAGAUUCGUGGAGAGAAGAACGAAUCUGCCGAUCUACGCGCGCGCCAACGAUCGACGACGACGACGACGACGACGUAAACUCGAUAGUAGACACGCGGGGAGAAGACAAGUUACUCGCACAAGUUCGAUCCAGGAAGAGACAGACAAGAGCCGGUCGAUCUGUGCUGGGAAGAAUUCGAGAAACUGCGCACUCUCCGCAUCCGCGCGCGCGUUCGCUCGCUCACUGGUUUUUCUGUUUUUUUUUUUUUCCUUUCCUUUUGUUGUUACCGUAGCACGCCAAUUCCGAGACACACGUGUGUCGAUCGGAGGACGCCGCACUUGGUUUAUUAUACGCGUGGGUGCUUCCGAUGCGAGCUACGGCAUCGCGCAACGACGACGCACACGAUCGUGGUGGCAGUUUUGUUGUGUUCUAAGGAAAAAAGUUGUUCAACCAUCCCUCCCCCCCUUCCUCUUCUACCAGCCACACUGUCAACGGGACUCCUCGGGGACGCUGCGUCGCAUCGUUUCUUUUUUUUUCCGCGCCCGCUGCGAGGGACGAGAAGGAGGGAAGGAAGGUUCGGAAGGCGGACAACACGGGCUCCAGGUACAAAGUGUGUUUUUGUGCGACCGGGAGAACAUGUCGACUGCCGUCAUGAGUAACACCUCCAUGUUCGAGUGCGGCGAGCAUCUCUUUAAGAAUGCAGCCUCGGCUAAGGCGAAGGAGUCGUCAUCUCCGACGACGACGGGCGCCACGAAUGGCAGCACCGCCGGCGGCAACAACAUCGGCAACGGGCACGCGCCCCUGAAACGCAGCUACACUUCCCUGAUGAGCACAUUAAUCGAGCAACAUCGAAAGCUGGACCGUAGCGUGAGCGAGCCGACGUCGCGCUACAAGACGGAGCUCUGCCGGCCGUACGAGGAGAACGGCUCGUGUAAAUACGGCGAUAAAUGCCAGUUCGCGCAUGGCUACGGCGAGUUGCGCAACCUGGCGCGCCAUCCAAAGUACAAGACCGAGCUGUGCCGCACCUUCCACACGAUUGGCUUCUGCCCGUACGGGCCGCGCUGUCACUUCAUCCACAAUUUCGAGGAAGCGCGUAUACACAAUCAGAAGGUGAGCGCCCAACUGGGCUCGACGCAGCCCAACAUCGUCAACCUGAAUCCACUGAUGAGCGCGGCUGCCGCGGUGGCGUCGGCGGCCGGCAACGGCACCGCCGUCAACAAUAGCCCCACUACCAACAACGUCAGCGUCAACGUCAGCUUGCUCGAGCAACUCGCGUCGUCGCAUGCGGCCUUCACCGCAGCUACCGCUUCCACGUCGAACCUCAUGCGGACAAAUUCAUUGAGCCUCGGCAGUACCAGCGCGAAUGGUUUCAAUCAGCCGCCGCUGCUACGAACGUCGUCGCUGAGCCUGGCCACGAGUCAUCAUCAUCCGGUUCAUCAUCAUCAUCAUCAGGUGAACACCGUAAAUUCGGUAAUCGGGGCGACGAAGCCAAAACCGCUCAAUCUCAGCCCGACGUUCUCGCUCGGCAGCUCCGCCGAUUCGGUUUCCCCGUCAUCUAGCCUCAGUCAAUCGCCGACGAACUCCAUGGCGAGCUUUUUUAGCGACGACUGCAACCAGCAAACGGUUUCGUGCACAAAUCUACAAACGACGCCUUUUAGUUUUGGUCAAGACUUCAGUCUGCUCGCUUGCUCGAGACAAAGCCCGAGCCCACGCAAUAACGGCGUAUGCAGUCCCCUCACCUCCGACGAGGUAACACCCAGGACUCCCUCUCCGUUGUCACCUAACACGGAAUCCAGGUUGCCGGUAUUUAAUAGGAUCAGCAGCACUCUGAGCGACUUCGAUAACCUCAAGAUCUAGAGCGGUCGCCGCGCGAACCGUAAAGAAAAGAGACGAGAAUUUUUCGACGAAUCUUGCUUGGCAUAGGGGAAAAAAAAAAAGAAUUUUCACGUGAAUUGACUCGAAAUUUGGGCUUCUUCGCAGUAGAUUCUAUCGAUGGAAUUAACGUCUUUUUUCUUCUUUCACGCACGCGGUAGCGCGCCAUUUGCGUGAUGCGGUUUCCCUCAUCUGUAAUCGCUCGUUUUUCCUGAAAAACAUUUUAGGCACACGUCAGGUUUCAUUAUCCUACAUCUUUCCUUUUUUUAUAUAUUAUUAUAACCAUAAUCUUCAUAUAUAUAUCAUCGUACUAUUGUAAUAUAUUACUAUAUUACUACGUAUAUUAUCAUAUUAUUAGUGCAUAUUUAUCAUCUUAUUCUUUCUUUUUCGUCUUCUUUCUCAUAUUCUAUCGUUAGACGCAAAUGACUUUUUAGCAGAAAAGUGAGAUCACCCGGAAGUCUCAGUCCUCGUUCCGGCUCGAACAUGAAAAUGAUUGAAGGUAUAAGAAAAGAGGGAGGAGAGGGUUCUGUAUGGUUAGAUCAGCAGGUGGCAGAGGAUACCAAGCGCAAAUUUAUUCCGAAAUAUGACUUUCCUCCGAGCGAGUUGUUCAUUGAUCUCACUUGGUAGAUCCUCGUUACGCCUUCCGAUCGUCCCCCACGAAUCCGUACUCUAUUCAUGUCCGUCGCCUUCGUUCGUUGGAUUUUCGAGCCACGAACACAGCGGCGUCGUUAAAUCCGGGGCAGGUAAAAUGUUGCAAUAUCCAAAUAACAUAUACGAUUACAUAUACGUUUUGUCGAGUUUCUUCUCCGAAGGAGCAAGGGUGGGGAAAGUUGUCUCGAGAGUGAAAGGAGAGGCAAGAAUAACCACUCCAGCGAGCAAGCGAAAGAAUCAAAGAGAGAGAAAGAGCGAAUAGGAGAGGGAAGUAUAUGGCAGAGUGAAUGAGUGAGUGAAUGAAAGUGAGAGAGAGCGAGAGAGACACGUGAAGCCAAUUAAUGCACUGUAAACGGCGCCGUUUGCCGUAAAGCGGUUAUCAUAAAAUUACAUUUCUGGAUUGAACACGUUUUAUCGUGACUGCCGUUUUUAUCACAGUCGCUCCCAUUGGUCUGAAGAAAUAUUGGACGCAUCGCGAGAUCGAUUGGCGGCGCGAACACUCGUGACAAUAUGUUUCCUUUGUUUUAUAUUAUAUUUGCAUAAGGCAAAAAUGAUUCAGUUCUAUUAUUAAACACAUGUGUGACCCUGUUUUAAAACGAACGUUCAUGUUUUUGUUAAAACAAAAGAUUUUCUUUCUGACAAUUUUCAUAAAUUGACUGUAAAGCUAAGACUGUAGAGUAGUUUUAGAAUUAUUUUUUCUUUUUUUCUUUUGUUUUAUCAGUCAUGUGAAAAAUAAUCAGGUAGCAGUUACUUUUUCUCUUUAGAAAAAUUUCACACAGCGACGCCGUUUUCAGUGCGAUAACGCAAACAAAAAGUGAGUGCCUUUUGUAAACUUCGAUUGUCUUCCAUAUUACAAAGUAUAGGCUACACGGUAUGAAAGAUGGGAGAGAAUGAUAAUUCUGAAUGAGCGUGAGAGAAAGAGAGAGAAAGUUGAAAGGAAUCAGCUGGACAAUAAUGAGAGAAACUAGUGUGAUUGGGUGUAUGUUGCGUUUGGGCAGAAUAAGUGUACGAUAAAGUAGAUAUAUUUUACCUGUAUAUAUUUUAUAAGAUAUAUACAAAAUACAUACAGACCACAUAAACACACCGAGAAAGAAAAGCUACAUUUCAUGUGAUCGAAUUGUUCGGAACGCUUAUGCCAUUAUCUGACUGGCGUUCUCCUUCUCGGAUGGAAGAAAACACUUCUUUCUCGUCGCGAGGCUCGUUGACUUCUGCCUUUCAUUUUUGUUUAAUAUACACGUAUAUAUGUUACGUAUUUAAUGAUAUAUGUUGCAAUCAUGAUCGCGACGAGGAGAGAGAGAGAGACUCACUUCGGCGCGAACGACAGAGCUAUGGUGAUGCCGAUUUAUUUCGUAUGUAUUGCCCUUUCCCAACAAAAAAAAAAUGUGAUACCUGUAAUACUAUAUUAAAAAAAUAUGGUAACUAUUGCAUAUAGAAAUAUUUACUAUUAUAAAAAGUAUGCUAUAAUAAUAAUAAUGCAAAGAAUAACGGAGUGUGAGAGGAAAUGAUGAGAUCGAAUGAAAUAGAUGAAUGAACGAAGAGAGAAAAAGAAAGAAAAUAGCGUGAGAGGCGGAAGUCGGAACGCUCGCGCGGGCCGCGUGAUUUCUCGAAGAGACAUUUUUGAUAUUUGUUUGACACUUCGCUCAAGACACAGAUCUAAAAUUGAAAAAAAAAUCCCGCAUAUCUCGACGGGAAAACGCCGACCCCGCGUCGCUUCGACGUAAAUUAAUAACUUCAAAUAAUUACAAGCGCCUACAAACUGACGUGGUUUUCGAAAAUCGAUAUCAUUCUGUAUAUAAGCGCUACACUCUGAUGCUUAUAGCUGUUUUCGUUUAAUUUAUACUUGGAUUCAAUUUUGUUAUUAUAGAUUUACUUUAUUAUAUUAUUAUUAUUAUUAAUAUAAUUAUUUUUAUUAUUAUUAAUUAUUAACUAAUUAUUAUAAUUAUUACUUUAUAUCAUUAUAUUAUUAUUAUUAUUAUUAUUAUUAUUAUUAUUAUUAUUAUUAUUAUUCACUAGUAAUAUCACUCAUAAUCAGUGUCCCAAGCAAUGAGCUGUAGGUUCUGCCGCGAUUGCCUCUUUGUUUCUUCUUUUCUUUUUUCCCUAUAAAUAUAAACGCGAGUGCUUCCCUAUCCCGCCACAAGAUGCACCGAUCGUCACCGAUACACGAUCGUAUCGACAACAUUCUAAUAUAUUGCUAUUGCGUCAUUAUUAUAUUAUUAUUACUAUGUAUAUUAUUAUUUUCAUCGGUAAAUCUGUUCUAUUUAGCAGCAGUCAUUCCUCCUCGUCAGUCGAUUCCAUACCUCUUAUCGCCGUCGUCGCAGAAUAAAAAAAAAAGUACUAUUUAUAAUCAAUUGUAUAUAGUUUGUGCUAUAUAUAUAACUUCAAAAUUAUUAGUGGUUAUAUUGCAUACACUUUAUGACGAUUCGCAUUAUUAACGCUUUGACUGAUGGAAUUUAGUCACAAUUUUCAAAUUGACAUUUUAUUCUUUCUCCUUGCCGCUCGCGUUUUGGCCGCACAUAAAUAAGAAAUGUAACGUUACAGUAACUGAGUACUGUGAAUAAGAUAAUUCUGUACCUUCUGAUUUUAUUAUAUUGGGAUUUUUUUUCUUUGAGUGCUGCCAAGGUUUUUAUUAACAUUUUUUUUAUUUUAAAUAAUUUUAUUUAGAAUUAAAUUUAUAAAAAAAAAUCUUGGAACUUAGCAACACUCAAAACUAGGAUAUGGCCCUAUUAUAUUACAUUUCAGAAACACAGAAGGGAGGGGACAUUGUGCGUCUAAUUGUUGUAAGUUGCGCGCAUUCAAGCAGCUUAUGCCCAAAAUGCGAGCGGUAAUAAAAGGAUAAUGCGUGUUAUUGCGAAAAUCAGAAUAAAUCUUGCUAUUGCUUACAGGAACGAAACAUGAGGACUAAUUGGCUAAUUGAAAACGUUAUGAAUAACGAUUGCAUUUCAUCUCGUUUAUAAAUAUAAAAAAACUAAGGUAUAAUGUGAAAUUCAAGCGAUUAAAAAUUGAUGCACCGCGCGCGCUUAUUUUAUUUAUUUAAUAUAUUUAUUUAAAAAUAACUGUUAAUUAAAAAAAUAUUUAUUUUUGGACAUUUGUUAUAUUCAGAUUCUCAAUAUACAAUUAGUAUUAAAUGAUGAGUUUUUUUAGCUUGAAAAAUUUUCAACUUCUAACUAGAUUCUAAUAAGACAACGUAACGUCUAAAAUAAGAUUUUUUAAUUUAAACUUGAAAAACUGUUUACGUAAUAAAAUCAAAGAAAAACUUAAAAAUAGACCGGAAAAGAAAAAAGUUUUCAAGUUAAUUUUUAAGUUAUAAUUUUGAAAUCAGACGGUAACAUUUAGUUCUAAUUGCGCGAGGUAUACUAUUGCGAGUGUUAAAUUUUUUUUGCGCGAGGGAAAAUGCAAUUGAAACACUACUAAAAUAACGCCUUCGAUCCUCAUCGUUGUACCAGUCAUGCAAUUAGAAAUCGGGGACGGAAACAGAGAGAGGGAGUGAGACGAGGACAGACUGAGACAGACGCGAAGAGUGAAAGUCUCUCCUUACGCAGAGACAAGUUGCAAGACGCCCAGGUCUCGUAAGAGGAUCAAAGGGGUCAGGAAAAAGUACAGAAUAACUAUCUUAAUUAGAAAGAAAAAUUGCGAAUAUUCGACGUUGUCUGUUAUGGACAUUGUUGUCGGGAGUUGACAGAAGCGACGGCGGCAUCCCGAUUAAAGCACAACAGCUGACGUAUCGAUUGGAGUUCCGAAAAUGCGUUCCGAGACGCCGCAUUCGAUUCUAAUUGCCGAACGAAACGGAAAUUGCCGAUUCUUGACCCUUUACGUUCAUCUUCGAUUUUAGCUGGACCUGCGUAGAUUCUUUUUUACGGAAAUAAAUGUGCAUGCAAAUUUUUGUUUCCUUUUUUUGUGAAAAGCAAAAGUGUUUCUGUUUUCAUCACUAAGAUCGGCAUUUUCACAUUCAAGAAAUUCCUUUUUUUUUAUAAUAAAUUACAUUUUCAACUAUUUUAUUUAAAUUAUUGCAAGUUAAAUAUAUUAUUAUUAUUUUUGAAUUAUAAUUAUUUUUUUUCAGAGUUCAAUGUUUUUUAUUCUUCAUCAUAGUUCUUUUCUUGCGAAAUAAGAUUUGUUCGAUACGUCACUUAAAAAAGCUAGAGCCAAAUUUUUAGCUUAUUUUUGUUUCGAAAAGAAUGUCUCUCCUUUCGGAUUUCAUAAAUUUUUAUUUAUCUUAGAUUCACAUAAUAUUUAUCGAUAUGUUCAGUUCUUUUCUUCGAAGAAUUAUUAAACGCAAUUUAUACUCGUUUUCCGUGAAUUUUGUGGAUCUUAAAUGUAUUAACUUAUUAAUCCUUUGGUUGCCGUACAUACAUAUACGUUCAGUUAUUUAUUAAAAAAUUCCACGAUAAAAGCGAAUACAUAAUUUUAGGAAUAAGUAAUCGGUUCGAGUUUUUCUCGUUGUUAAUUUGUGAGAAUAUUAUUUUAUUUUAGUUAUUUAUAGGAAAAUAGAGUAAAUUUGAACAGUAUGUCGUACCUGUGCAUUUUCAUUUCGUCUAUUGCAAAUUUACAAAACUUUUUAUGUAUCGCAACUAAAGGGUUAAUGAUCGGACGCACCAAAUGAACUCCACGUGUAUCCAGUCAGUCUCGCGUUUAUCCUCCUAUAGACUUGACCUGCAUAUCAAAUAUCUAAUAUUCUCUUCUGCGCGUAAAUAUCUAAGAAUAAAAUAAUUAAAAUAACAAAUAAUUAUCUUACGUGUAUGUCUCUUUUUUAAUUUAAUAUAUUUAUUUUUUCAAUCAAGUAUUUAUAUAUUUAUAUACAAUAUUUUAUACUGCGCCUUCACAGAUUAGAUACAUGCUAAAGAUAAAAAAAAUGCGCGUUACGAUGUUAAUUAUGAAACAGGUCGAUCUCUUGGCUCUCAGAGGAAACCGAUAUAUCCUGCCUGUGCACACACAUACACACGCAUACACACACACAUACACGUAAUGCAUAUGUGUAUGUAUAUAUUAUAAAUAUAUGUAUGUACAUGCACAUACGCAUUCACCAACGUACACAUAUACGCGACAGACACCCCGCGUACGUUUUCGCGGCCCGUUUCUUCCUUUGUAACGCUUCCGAGUCCCUUUUCCGAUUUCCUUUCGUCGGCCAGCGCAUUUCGUUUCCCAGCGGAAAAAGAUAUUCGCCGGGAGGCACGGCGAGAGCGAAAAACAGAAAGGAAAGCGAAAGCUUUCCGCGUAUACUUAACGCCUUAAAUGUGAUACACGGCCAAUUAUCCUCGCGCACGGGAGAAAGGGAUUCUCUCGCGCGCAAGAUAUUCAGCUGUGAAAAGAAAAGUGUCUUCGGUGAUACAUACUAAAUAUAUAUUAUAGAUUUGUGCGACAAUCGAAAUGAAAUAACGGGAGCCAAUUGAUAGGCUGGCGGAAGUCGUUCGAGUACCACAGUGCAGAGACAGUGUUGCCGCUGUUCUCCGUCCUAUAUACCUUGAACUUGUCACGGUCGCCUUUUCCUUCUUCUUUUUUUUUUAAACUUUAUUUGAACGGUUUGAUUUGUUUGAGUCGUAAAUUCGUUUGACUUUAUGUAUACUUCCGUGAUAGGAAAUUGAUUUUAGAUGAACAAACGAUACUUUUGACAGAAUCAAGAACGAUUGGCGAUCGCGAUUGAAAGUUCUGCGAAAGAUAGGAUAGAUUCAUCUCUGAACAGGUAUUCUCGAACGGCUUCGGUCUAAUCCACAAAGGGACCACCUAACCAAUGAUAACCGUGAAAUGCGUUUAGAUUUUCGUUGUCACGUGGACUCGUGGGCUUAUGAAAAGAAUUGUGACGGGAAGAGGGAUCGGGAGUGCCGUUCGUCUCGAAGAGGGACCUCGGGUAAAAAAAAAGGGGGAGAAGAUAGUGUGUGUCGAUUCUUUGAUUUGAAUUUUUCAUUUGGUUCUAUUUCGGUUUUUCCACUUCGAGACCAUCAGCCGACUGUUUCCUCUCCCCGAUGAUCUUUUUUCUUUUGUUUUGUUAUACAAGAUAACACGCUUCGGUAUACACGGAGUAUACGGAGCUGAAGUCUCAUGUAAUACAAAAAACUGUAGUUUGAUAAGUAUUGCCACUAUCUAUUUAAUACAUUUUAUUAUUACAAAAUAA